UGAGGGGCGGGCGGAGGCGCCGGGGUGGGCCGCGCCGCGGCGGGCGGGCGGGCGGGCGGGGGGCGCUUCCUGGGGCCGCGCGUCCAGGGAGCUGCGCCGUCCGCCUGUCCGUCUGCCGCAGGCACUGCCGAAGCCAGCCGAGCCGCCGGAGCCGCGGGCCGCGGGGCCGUCGCGGGCCCAACCCCAGGAUGCUCCCCUUCGCCUCCUGCCUCCCCGGGUCUCUACUGCUCUGGGCGCUGCUGCUGUUGCUCUUGGGAGCAGCGUCUCCCCAGGAUUCCGAGGAGCCCGACAGCUACACGGAAUGCACAGAUGGCUAUGAGUGGGACCCUGACAGCCAGCACUGCAGGGAUGUCAAUGAGUGCCUGACCAUUCCUGAGGCCUGCAAGGGGGAAAUGAAAUGUAUCAACCAUUACGGGGGCUACUUGUGCCUGCCCCGCUCGGCUGCUGUCAUCAAUGACCUACAUGGAGAGGGGCCCCCACCGCCCGUGCCCCCUGCUGAGCACCCCCACCCCUGCCUCCCGGGCUAUGAGCCCGACGAGCAAGAGAGCUGCGUGGACGUGGACGAGUGUGCCCAGGCCCUGCACGACUGCCGCCCCAGCCAGGAGUGCCAUAACCUGCCUGGCUCCUACCAGUGUACCUGUCCCGACGGCUAUCGCAAGAUCGGGCCCGAGUGUGUGGACAUAGACGAGUGUCGGUACCGCUAUUGCCAGCACCGCUGCGUGAACCUGCCUGGCUCCUUUCGCUGCCAGUGUGAGCCGGGCUUCCAGCUGGGGCCCAACAACCGCUCCUGUGUGGAUGUGAACGAAUGUGACAUGGGGGCUCCGUGUGAGCAGCGCUGCUUCAACUCCUAUGGGACCUUCCUGUGUCGCUGCCACCAGGGCUAUGAGCUGCACCGGGAUGGCUUCUCCUGCAGUGAUAUCGAUGAGUGCAGCUACUCCAGUUACCUCUGCCAGUACCGCUGUGUCAACGAGCCAGGCCGCUUCUCCUGCCACUGUCCACAGGGCUACCAGCUGCUGGCCACGCGCCUGUGCCAAGACAUUGACGAGUGUGAGUCGGGUGCACACCAGUGCUCUGAGGCCCAGACUUGUGUCAACUUCCACGGGGGCUACCGCUGUGUGGACACCAACCGCUGUGUGGAGCCUUACGUCCAGGUGUCUGACAAUCGCUGUCUCUGUCCGGCCUCCAACCCCCUGUGCCGGGAGCAGCCCUCAUCCAUCGUGCACCGCUAUAUGAGCAUCACCUCGGAGCGGAGCGUACCGGCAGACGUGUUCCAAAUCCAAGCAACCUCCGUCUACCCCGGUGCCUACAAUGCCUUUCAGAUCCGUGCUGGAAACUCGCAGGGAGACUUCUACAUUAGGCAAAUCAACAAUGUCAGCGCCAUGCUGGUCCUCGCGCGGCCCGUGACAGGCCCCCGGGAGUACGUGCUGGACCUGGAGAUGGUCACCAUGAACUCCCUCAUGAGCUACCGGGCCAGCUCUGUACUGAGACUCACCGUCUUCGUGGGGGCCUACACCUUCUGAGGGGUGGGUGGGGGGCCCUCAGGGAAGGGGAGGUUCUCUGUAGCUGAGGAGCCUGGGGCUCAGGGAUGACUGUGUUCUGCUAAAAGGGAAGAUGCUCUUGUGAAGGGUAGUAGAGAGAGAAAGGCAAUAAAGGGAGAAAGAAGGA